CCUGUGUAAUAAGAAUGCAUCCUGGUCAUCCUUCCCUUCGACAACCAUCUUGCUUUGAUAGAGUUAAAAUGGGUUUUAUGAUUGGUUUUGCAGUUGGCAUAAGUUCUGCUGGAGUUUUCGGAACAUAUUCAGCUUUAAGAAUGGGUCUUCGAGGUCGAGAAUUGGUCUCCAGUCUUGGUAAGGUUAUGUUGCAAGGGGGCGGAACUUUUGGUACAUUUAUGGCUAUCGGAACUGCAAUUAGGUGUUGAGCGCAAUUAUCAAAAUAAUUACAAAAUAAUCAUCAAGAACAUAACUUAAUGUCAUAUGUCAAUUUCGAAUAAGAACCGCGCAAUUUCUAAUGAAGAUUUUUAAAUUGAUUUUCUUUUUGUACGUCAACAAUUAUUGCUUUGUGUUUUAUAUGUUUUAAAGUCCACUUUAGUGCGUAUGUACUCGUAAAGUAUCAAAAAAGUAAGCACUGUCUUUUUUUAAUUCA